ACAGUCGGCUGACGAGUUGGCAACUUUUGUGGGAGUUCCGUGCAGAUCGAAAACCGCUCCCAAAAAGGCCGGAGUAUCCGUGGUGCACGAUGGCGAACAGUGUGGAACUUCUCAAUAUCGAUGUGGAUAAGCUGUUUAAACAGCACAAUGUGGCCGAAAUCGAUCUCGUCCAUAAGCGCCUGCAGGGAGAGAUCGAGCUGAAGCGCGAAGAGCUACGCACGAUGGUUGGCGAACGCUAUCGGGAUCUGCUGAAGGCUGCCGAUACGAUUGGGGAAAUGAAACAAACGGCGGGCACAAUCAUCGAGAACAUCGAUCGAAUAACGGCUCGCUGCCAGCAGCUGAACGAACACAAUCUGAUCGGCUUCCGGCGUUCCGACAAUGACUACCAGCGGCUGCAGAAGAAACACCACAGUGACCAUAGCUUCCACGGGGUGAUCGUACAGAUCAAGCUGCUUACCAGUCUCCCGGAAAUGAUCUGGAGCAGUAUCGAUCGGGAGGAUUACUUUGUCGCCACGCAGCUGUUCAUCUUUGCCCGGCAUGUGUCGACCGGCUUGAAUCUGGACACGGAGCGUGAAACGGCACGAAAGUUUCCGGUCGCUGCCAAACAGUGGCAAGUGCUGAGUCAGUUCUUUUACACCAUCCAGCAGGCCUGCCUGGAGUCGCUUGGCCGUGAAGAGCUGUCCGUACCCGUGGCAUCGAAAAGUUUGGCCAGCUGGUUGCUGCUCGAAUCCUGUACCGUCGAGCGAGUGCUGGCCGUUUUUACCGAACGUCGUUCGAAGGCGUUUCUUGCCGUGCUGGAGGAGCGUGCUGGUCCCGAGGUCCCGGAACGGUAUGGGAAGGUUAAGGAUAAACUUCUCGCCAGUCUGCGCGUGCUGAUUGGUACGGUGCGUCUGUUCUACGAGUGUUUUCUCGACGAUGGACUCGCUGAAGGGAAAGGAACGGUCGAUGGUGGGUUUCAGCGUGAACUGCAUCAGAUAACGGAUGAUCAGGCUGUACCGACGAUCGAACUGAUCCGUUCGGAAGAUCCCAUGAUACUGCAGAUGGUACCGGAGGUGAUAAGUAAGUUUCGGCCCCGGUUACAGCCCAGUUUCACCUCGGAACUCGCCGAAUCCGAGAUACGGCGGAGCGCGAGUGGUUUCAUCAAAAGCAUCGAAGAGGCGAUCAGUGAACGUUUGCGCCGAUUGGUAAGCAUCGUGCCGUCGAUAAAAACACUCCACGAUAUCAAAACGCAAGCGUACACGAUAGAAAAACCUUCCAACUGGACAACGAUCACCGGGCGGUUAGGUCUCGAGGAAGGGAUCGAUUUCUACGUCACGUUCUACCAGCGACUGAUCAACGAUCGAGUGCAGUACAUCAUUAAAUCUUCCUGGAGUGAAACAGUGCGCCAAACGGCAGCCGACCUGUUGCAGCUACUGCAGCAGCCACCCAGCACGGAACUGAAGGCAUUCGUUUGGCGCGAAUCACUGGAAGAUGUGCCCCUCAACCUACAGGCGGCCCUGGAGCGCUCGAAUCCGGCCUCUCGCAAACUACUGAUGAAGGCAAGGGCCUAUCCACCAGCGUUCGUGACACUGUUGAAUGCUUUCAAUGAACGAGUGCUGGCUCUCGUUCGCGAUGUAGCCUCAUUUCUGGCCACUUCAACGCGCGCCGAGGUUGAAGAUGUGUUGGCCUUCUUUCGCGAGUGCUGCGUAGAGGGUGUGGCCGAGCUUGUAACGACCAUCAAGUCGGCCACCGGCUAUGAGCCGACAGUUGAACGAUACGCACUGCUUGCCCGCUUUCUCAUUGCCAUCGCCGAGCUGUGUCCGGCAUUGCGCGAAUGUUUCCUGCCCAACACGACCGCCAGCUCAUCGAUCGGUAGCGUGUGGUGUGGGCCCACCACACGGAAAUCUUCACUUUCCCCGGCAGCAGCAGCCAUCACCGUAUCCGAGGAAGAUCCAGAACGAUGGGCCAAGGUGUCUGGAUUGCUCGAAGAAGAAAGCCUUCGCUUUUGGAACGUUUGGGUGGAGCGGUUCCACGAAUCAUGGCCACCACUAGCGGUGGAGGUGGGUUACGGGACUCUGUUGAACGACUUCCCGUCCUGGGAAACCGUAACGAUCGAGGAGAACGAUGAAAACAACCAACCGAUCCAGUCGACGAUCCGUGUUCCUUCGCUGCCCAGUAUACCGCUGCAGCGGUUCUUACAUCACGUGUGCGAUCUACUGAACGAUGCCAUUCCACAGACCAUCCCAAGAGCGAUCGUGGCCCGCAUUGUCGAACUGCUAACGACGGAUCUGUGGCGAUACUACGAGCAGUUAGCCGCCAAUGAGUUUACGAUGCAGAACCAAAGUGUCGCGCUGCAGUACUAUCUCGAUCUACGGUUUCUGCAGCUUAUGUUUGUUGGUCGCGAGCAGAAGCAACUAUCGGAGCAGUUCACGCAACUGACCGCACGGUUUAAAUCGUAUGUCGAUCCGUUCGAUUUCGACGUGUUCUACGCGCAUCUCAAUACGAACGUGAAACGAUCGGUUGGUAAACUGCAGCAUUUCCUCGGUGUGCUCGUUUGUCACCCGGAACAGCUGAGCACGCUUGUCGGUGGAACAGCUGCCGGGCAGGGUGGGAAAGUGCUGUUUGAUAAAAAUGCCAACAUACUGGCGCUCAGCUCGAACAGCAUGAACGUAGCCUGGUUCCCGCUGCUCCCCAUCGUCAGCAAGGACUUGACCGUAUCUACCGUUGGUGUGCCGUUGAGUUCCGAUACUGCGCUCCUGGUGGACACUAAGGCGGACCAGAGCAAGAAGUGGCCCUCAUCCAAGACGGAAUCAGCUGGUGCAACGGAUCAACGUAGUAACACGGCGAACGUGAGCACUGGGAAGCAAUCGAGUAAGGAGACUGCUGCGACUGGCGGUGUUGCUGCCGCUAGUGCAGGCGCUUCGACAUCAUCUGCGGCUACCGCACAAAAUUACGCCAAAGGAGCUGCGGCAUUCUUCGGACUUGACAAGGAUUGGUUCCGGUGAACAGACCAGCCAGCACACCCGU